AUGCCAAUUCUCGGUUUCGGCUGCUACAAAGUCGGGGUGAUACCCGGAUCCGCUGCCGGGGCUGCCGAUGCGCCCAAGCCAGCUCCAGCCAAGGGCGUCAUCGCGGACGCUCUUGAAGCUGGCUACCGAUGUUUCGAUUGUGCCCAGUUUUAUGAGAAUGAGGAUACCAUUGGAGAAGCGUUCCAGGCGGCUGGCGUUCCAAGAGAGCAGCUUUACAUUAUCUCGAAGGUUUGGACCAACAACAUCCAUGACGGUCCGUCGGCAGUGCGACAGCAGUGUCUCAAGUCCAUCAAGGACUUGGGUUGUGGAUUUCUCGAUCUCUACAUGAUACACUGGCCGGUUCCAGGCAAGCACGUCGCAGCCUACCAGGAGUUAGUGGACCUGCAGAAAGAGGGCUUAAUCAAGUCCAUCGGGGUUUCGAACUACACCGUGGAGGACCUGGCAGAGCUUCAGGCUGCAAAGCUUCCUCUUCCAGCAGUCAAUCAGAUCGAGAUCAAUCCUUUUCUUUACAGAAAAAAGACAAUUGCCCAUUUCAAAAGCCUCGGUAUACAACUGCAGGCCUACCGAGCACUCUCCAAUUUUGGAAAGUCGGCCUCGUUGGAGAGCGAGAUUGUGGGUGCACUGGCGGCGAAGCACGGGCGUUCAGCAUCACAGAUUCUUGGAAAGUGGUGCGUUCAGAAAGGCUUCCAGCACAUACCGAAGAGCGAAAAACGCUCCAGGAUGGAGGAGAAUGCCCGCAUUUUCGAUUUCGAGUUGGAUGCAGAGGACAUGGAGAAGUUGGAAAACCUGACCACGCUCGCAGCACUGGAAACCUUCAAGUCCUCCUACCUUAAGGGCAUCGUGCGCGACACGCCCUUGCAGGCCAGCACUGACGCCAUCGCAAAAGACAUGACUCUUGACUGA